GGGCAGUGAUAAAUAUCUUCAGACUUCAGUCGGGAUUCGGCCCCACAAUCACCGACCCGCGCGUGCGCACGGGCCAUGUGCUUCGAGAUUUCAUUAUACCAUUCCCCAUUAAGAAGGUCCAACCUUGGUUGAAUUUGAACGUCCUCGAACUGGAUUUCUCAUCUUUUCAGAGGUUGCUUUAUGCCAACUCUUUAUCAGAUAUUGGGAAUUCGCCCCUCGGCUACUGCUGAAGAAGUCCGGCGAGCAUACAAACAAAGAGCCCUUGAAACUCAUCCUGACAAACUUGAACCUGGGGCAUCUAUCAAAGAGAAGGAGCGCGCGGAACGAAGCUUUCGUGAGGUGCACGAAGCCUUUGUCGUCCUAGGAGACGUCGAGAAGCGCAAGGCGUACGACAUCCGAACACAUAUCCCAAGUUCACUUUCGUAUCAGAAAGCCUCGGACGAAGCAAAACGAAAGAUGGAGGAUAGAGCUGAGUGGCAACGCCAGCAACAGGAGCGGCGCAAAGCUAGUAUGGCCGAGAUACGAGAGCAAAAUAGAAUCGCAAUGCAGAAGGCGCGGGAGCGCAGAUUUAAGGCAGCAGAACAGGCGACGUUGGUGAAGAAUAUGGUUGAUGAAUUGUUACAGUUGACACCAGAGUGGGAACAAAGAAGACUUCAUGUACAACAGGUGAACUGAACGAGACUAUUCUUUGGAAUGCCUUGACUUAAUCUCCAUGCAGCGCAGGGCCAGUCGAUUGAAUACCGGAAAUCCACGAUGGAGUACUGUUCAAUAACGCUUCACGGGCU